GAGUGCGUUAUUGCAGAUUCUAAUCAAUUGGUUUUUAGUGCUCUUGCCACAGCGCGCAAUCAGCGCCGCGACGCGUGGUCUCAACUGCAUCGUAAAGCAAUUUCAGCCGUCGAAUUUGUAUGAGCAACAGUUCAACUCAGAUCGUUGAUCUUCGCAUCCGUUCGUUGCACAGUGAGUGCUCGGUUUGAUCUUACAUAAGUGAUAAGUUUUGUGAAGGAUUUCGGUUGCACUCCGCUGUUGAGCGUGACUCGAAACACAUCAUAAAGCGGUGAUUAUCUUUGUGAAUAAACAGAGCACCGAAUCAGUGAAAGAUAGUUCCCAAACGCGUCGCCGACGCACUCCGAAAGCGGAAUGGCCGAUCACCGACCGUCCUCGAGCAAGAAACCCCCACCACCAUCACCCCCUCAUCCCACCCCCGAUCACGACAGCCGCCUGCAGUUUCUAGAACACUUUGACGACAUCUUCAAGUGUACCAUUUGUCUAAUCAAACUGCAAGACCCGCAUCUGUGCCCUCGCUGUUCCAAGCUCUACUGCUUCGACUGCAUCUCCGAGUGGCUUCUGUCGGAGUCCGAGCAGCAGCAGCGCAUGAAUUGUCCAAAUUGCAAGCUCGACCUUCAGCUGGACAAACUGGUGAAAGUGCGAUGGUUCGAGGAGGUGCAACAACUUCAACGAAAUCGCCUUGAACCGUCGUCGUCGACGGCGGCAGCAAAGAAGUCAACGGGCAGUAACGGUGUCGAAGCCGCCAACAUUACGGCCAUCUCCAACGCUGCCAAGAAGAAGGACAUCUGUCCGAAGCACCUGAGAUCAAUCAACUUCUACUGCUGUACCUGCAAGUUGUGCGUUUGCGACGAAUGUGCCGUGGCCGAUGAGCACCAUCUGGAUCACACUUUCAAGUGCUUGGACGUGAUCUACGAGAGUAAUCUGCAGAUUGCGGAAGAAGAGUUCGAGAAGGUCAAACACUACACCAAGAAGAUUGCGUCGCUGGUCGAGAAAGUGGAACGCAACAUGGAGCUGGUGAAGAAGGUAAAGGAGGAGAAGCUGAAGGAGAUUCGAUCGAUUGCGGAGAGUGCCAUCGAAGGGAUCGAGCGGCAGGUUAACGAGAAGCUGCAGAAGCUUCAGGGCCACAAGUAUGCGCUGAUGGCCGAGAUGCAGGAUGUUGAAGAGUCCUUGCGGAUUAUGGAGGGUGAGGUGGUGGGCAGCAGCCGGUCGCAGUUUAUUGCGAAAAAGUCGAGGAUCUUUAAGGAGUGCAACAAGAUCAGGAUGAAUCCGAUCAAGGACUUCAAGCAGAUUCGAGUUCCUGUCAGCUUGAAAAUCGAAAUUCCCACAAUCUACGAGACUGGCAUCUUUGUGAUCGAAAACUUCUCGUCGUUCGACGACAACAAGGUGGCCUAUUCGAACGAAUUCACCGACACGUUUGGCCACAUCUGGCGCAUCAUGGUGUGGUGUGUCAUUUCCGAGGACCAAAUGGGAAUCUAUCUGGAACUGGUCGAAGGCUUACCAUGCUGGAUGGAAUGCCGUUUCCAGUUGCUGCAUCCGGACACGAAACGCAUCAUUCACAAGCGCAUCAAGCAGCACUUCGAUCGAUCCACGCAGAAGGACUGGGGCUUUCGCGACUUUGUUGCCCUGAAGACCAUCCUGGACGACAACUACCUGAAGGAUGACGAUUCACUCGAGCUGUUAUAUCACAUUCGGCCAUGCAGCAGCGGCGGAGGAGACCUCGAGUGAGGUGCAUAAUCCGAAAAAGUGCACUUGCACCACGACCGACUGAUAAGCCUAUAAUUAGCCAUACUACUGACUGAGAGAUGUACAAGAGACUGAAUGAUAGGGUGUCCCAUAAUUUCAGCUUGACAGAUAGUUUGGGGGUUCGACCACCAAACGGUAGUCGUUCUUUUAUACGGGGAAACCCAAGUUUCCGUCAAAGUGAAAUUUCGGGACACCCUACCUGAAUAUGGGACCGGGCUGCAAUAAUUGACCUCCUGCCUCUACUACGAAUAAAGUGUUCUUUUUAUCACUGUGCGGAGAACA